GACUUUAUCACUCUCUUCCUUUCUAGUAGUGGUCCUUUUCUCUCCCCUCAUUCCUUCAGGUUCACUUCCAGCAAGCUUUUUUUCAGCUUGUCUGAUCAGAUAAUGGGAGCAAUACCAAGAAAGACAUAAGAACAGAAUACCGGAAAUACCUAGCCAAAUACCCAAAACUAUUGAGAAAAGAGUUCAGAAUUUUACAGCGUCAUACACACAGAUCUUCCAAAGGCCACUCCAUCUCCACCUGGUGCUGAUCAUUUGCUGGCUCAAAAUGUUGUUUACACUUGGACUUCUUUUACUUCUUACCCCAUUUCCCUCCUUUCAAACCACAACCAAUGAGAAGAGAAAUGUCACAGGAAGUGACAUGAUCAAACCCAAAACUGUAUCAACCCUUUCAACACCAAAGACCACUGUGGUACUUGCCAAACAGGCUGUUAGUCUCUCCCUAAAGCCGAACACAGUACUUCAGGGUCUAGCAACCAACCAAAAGCCUCCAACAGUGAAUUCUACAGUGACUAUCAAAAGUAAGCCCAGCCCCACUGGAAGAUAUACAACUCCUACAGCAUCUGUAAAGCCUACCAGUCCUGCUGUAAGCAACAGAGACAAGCUCUCAGUCAACCAGACUGAUCUAACUAAACAUCCUCCAGCCAAUGAAGUAAAGGAUAAAAAAGACAAACCUGCCCCAACAGCAGCUCCAAAUGUUGAGUCAACUUCUACAAUGUCUACUUCAGCUAGUGGUGCUAAAACCAAAGACAAAACCCAACCCUCACUGAAUCAAAUGGUUUUGAUGAAGUCUCUUUCAAGGGUUAAGGGAAAGACGGUCAAAGACAUGCCUACCACCAGCAAGAGUCCAAAUGUUCAAGCCACAUCCCCAAAGACUGCUUCCACUAGCAAUGCUAAAACCAAAGACAAAACCCAACCUUCAGUCAAUCAAACUGUUUCAAUUAAAUCCCCUUCCAGCAAAGAUGGAAAAGACAAGUCUACACCUAAUGAAGCACCAAAUACUCAGUUAGCAUCCACGAUGUCUGCUGCCAUCAACAAUGUCAAAACCACCAAAGACAUACUCCAGCCUUCAGUAAAUCAGACUGUGUCAAUUAAAUCCCCUUUAAAUAAAGAGGGAAAAGACAAGCCUACCUCCCCUGACACAUCAACUAUUCAGCCAGCAUCUGCAAAGUCCACUUCAGCCAAUAGCACUAAAACAUCCAAAGGAAACAUACAAACCUCAGUCAAUCAAACAGUUUCAACAAAAUCUCAUUCAAGUAAUGAGAGAAUGACUGUCAAAGACCAGCCUGCCCCCACUGUAGUUCCAAGUGUUCAGACAACUUCCUCAAAACCUGCUUCAGCCAGCAGUGUCAAAACCACUAAGGAUAAACUCCAACCCUCAGUCAAUCAAACAGUUUUAACAAAAUCUCCUUCUGCCCCCACCAUCAUUCAAAAUGUUCAGUCAACAUCCCCAAAGUCUGCCAGUGGUGCAAAACCCACCAAAAGCAAGCACACAGCCUCAAUCAGUGAGACUGUUUUAGUCAAACCCCCCUCAAGUAGUGACGUAAAGAAAGCCAAAGACAAGCCUGCCCUCUCAGUCACUCAGACUGGAGUGUCAACACCAAUAAAGGCUGCUUCAUCUAACAGUACUGCUGCUGACAAAGACAAGGCCACAGCCUCGGGCAAUCAGACAUCAGCAACCAAAUCUCCUACAACCACUGCCAGUGCUAAAGCCACCAAAGAAAAACCUCAGCAACCAAUCAAUGUGGUCAUUAGUGAAGGCUGUGACUCAAGCCAGACCAAGGAGCAGGAGCUGAAGCUGAAGCCUGGCUCACCGCUUGUGAUGACACAUAAAAUCAGCCUGCUGCCUGGUGGCUGCGGGGGGGACUGUGAGGCUGAGAUGGCUGCACUGAAAGAUCGUGUGACUCGGCUGGAAAGGGAGAUGUCCUCAAUGAAAGAGAAAUGUCCAUGUUCUGUAAGUUGUCCAAAUGAGUGUAGUGGUAAUGGGCAAUGUGAGAAAGGCAAAUGUGUCUGUCAUCAGGGAUUUGUGGGUCCAGACUGCAGUAAGUGUGCACAUGGAGUCGAGUGCAAUAAAAAAGCUGCCAAAGGGAAGGUCAAGGUAACAGUGGAGACGGUGAGCUUGCAGGUGAAAAAACACAGCAGUGCCAUCAAGGACAGCACACAGGCAAAAGUCACAAAAGUAGAACAAACCCUCUUCCAAAAGAAGGACCAGAAGAAAGUGACUGAAUCUAAAGACGUUGAUACCAAACCCAAAGAAGCCACGAAUACGAGAACCAACCUUCUUAAAAUAUUAACAAAUCAAGAAACAUCUGCUAAAAAAGUAACUAGGAAAGGCUCUUCAAGUAAAACAAAGUCCAGUAAACCAACUGUUGGUCAAGUUAUGUUGAAGCAUGACAGAAGAAAACAAGAGGAAUUACGCAAAGCUAAAACUAUCGUCUCUAAGAAGGUCCUCUCAAAAACUGACCUUAAGCUUGACAUCACUGUUAAAGAUGGACCCACAGGGAAAAUCUUCCCUAAAUCUGAACAACUCAGAGACCAGCCUCAAAGUAAUGUAAGCUUGAGCAAAGUGAGGAAAUCUGAAGGAACAUCUAAAAUUGGAACCAUUCUUUCCAAAGCUGAGGUGGCAAACAAAACAAGAACAGAGGCAGGUGCCAUGGAGCAGUCCACAUUGGUUGAGAAGAAUUUUACUCAGUUGUCAGGACACAAACACAUUAAAAAGGUCAAAGUAGAUAAUAUAAAUGUUACAAAGACAACACAAUCUGAUGCUCUUAAGGCAGGAAAGGGGAAGAUUACACAGAAGAGUCAGUAUAUAAUAAAUGCAACUGUUGCAGCAUCUUCAGAUGAAGCUAGAGCUCUGCAGAACAAAACAGCUGGUCCUGUUUCUGGGGUCACAACCAGGAGGAUGGGAACAUCUGGAUUAGGAUCUGUGAAGGUAGUGAAUAUCUCUUCCUACAGCUUCACUGUCACAUGGUUAGCGCCACAAGGCAUGUUCAAAAGCUUCACUGUGAUCAGAAGAGAGCCAGCAACAGAGGGCGAUGAAGAUCACGAAGAGUUUGAAGAGGAGGCACUUGAUGGAACCAUUGCCUCAUCAAUAAAAAACACAACAGAGGUCCAGCUGCAGGGUGAGGGCACCAAUGUAACCAUCUCUUCUGCUAAAUCAGUUGAAUCCAGAGGCAGAGCUGAAAGCAAGAGAAUCUCCAUGGUUGUACCUGGCAACGUUCGUUCUGUGGAGUUCAGCAACCUUCGGUCACACACACGUUAUGUCCUGUACAUAUAUGGGACUGCUUCUGCCAGGAGAUCCAAAAUUCACAGAGUGACUGCAACUACAGGUCCAGAGCCAGCCACAGAAAUGAUUUUUAGCAAUGUAACAGAAUCAUCAAUCAGUGUGUCCUGGUCCAAACCAAAGACCACAUUCACAGGUUUCAUGGUCACAUACACCCACUCUGCCACAGGAGAAACCGGAUCUGUGACUGUGGAUUCUGAACAGUCUUAUGUGGUGUUGUCCAAAUUGUCUUCUGGGUCUUCCUACAUAAUCAGUGUUGUCACGACACACGGCAGAUCCCAAAGUGAUGUCCUCACUUCCACGAUUACCACAGUUCCUGCCCCUCCAACACAGCUUCAGGUCAUCAAUGCAACAGAUACCAGAGCAGUGGUGCAAUGGACGCCCAGUUUGGGAAAAGUUGACCGCUUUAUCAUCACCUAUGAGUCUUCUAAGACUCCAAAUGUGACGGUGACAGUAAUGCUGCACGGGAACUCAGUGGAGCACCAGCUGAGAGGACUGCAGAGAGGAACCCUCUACACAGUCAAAGUCAUGAGCCAGAAAGACAGCCUUCAGAGUACUGCCAUUCAAACUACAUUUUCUACUGCCUAUGUGGUUAAAGCCAGAGAGGUGAGUUCUCGCUCUGCAGUGAUAACUUGGAGAACAUCCACUGUGGUGUAUCACAGCUAUAGACUGAUCUACUGGGUAGCAGGAGGGGAGACAAAGGAAGUCAUUGUGGACACUACAGUCACAGAAUAUACGCUGACGGGGUUGUUGCCCAUGUCAGCCUAUAAUGUUUUGGUGGAAGGUGAGAAAGAUGGACGCUACACAUCUAUUGUCACCACAGAAUUCAUCACAGGGAAAGUACGCUUCCCCUAUCCUACUGAGUGCUCUCAAGAGCUUCUGAAUGGAGCAUUGCAGUCAGGAGAGGUGGAUAUCUACCCUCAAGGAAAAGAAGGGCCAUCAGUCAGAGUCUACUGUGACAUGGAGACAGAUGGUGGCGGCUGGACGGUGCUCCAGAGGAGGAUGAAUGGAAAGACAGAUUUUUACAGAACAUGGAGCGAUUACAGCACUGGCUUUGGAAAUCUAAGUGAAGAAUUCUGGCUCGGAAAUGAGCUUCUGCACAACCUGACCAGUGCUGGCCCCGUGAGUCUGAGGGUGGAUAUGCAAGACGGAAAUGACACUGCUUAUGCUCACUACGCCAACUUCUCAGUUGAAUCAGAGGACAGACAUUAUGCUCUUAUGGUGUCUGGGUACACAGGAACAGCAGGUGACUCUAUGAGGUACCAUAAUGGGCGUCCAUUCUCAACUCGGGACAAGGACCCUGAUCCUUUGGGGAUCCACUGUUCCAGGGCCUAUAUGGGAGGCUGGUGGUACAAGAACUGCUACAAGACUAACCUCAAUGGUCUUUAUGGCACCAACAGCGAUAACCUGGGAGUGGUUUGGAUAGACUGGAAAGGAAAAGAUUCCUCCAUUCCCUUCACUGAGAUGAAAUUCAGACCAUCCAGGUUCUCUCCAGCAACUCAUGGCUGAGGAUAUGACGCAGUUCCCAGCCAAAAAACCCCCAAAAAACCAAAAAAGCAAUCAAGAAUAAGUGACUCUGUGUGACUUUCUAACUAAAUUAGAAACGAUGUUAAAAGCACCAAGAUUUUUUUUUUUCUGUUUUAUUGUUGUGCAUCAUCUGCUGGUUCUAGGGGAAAGUUACCAACAGAAAAAACAUUUUAUUGUAACUUUUAUACAUGUGUACUAUUUCGCAUAAACCUUCAUCUCACAGUUUUGUUUGUAUCUUUGUGCACCACCAAGGUUUGCCAACCCACUACUACUGUACUUUAAUAUGCACUGUCUCAUUUGAUUGGAAAAUAAAUGUGGCUGAAGUGUAAUUGUUUUGUUUUGUAAAAGUAAAUGAAACCAUCCAAAUCUU